UACUGACGUAUGGUGGUAUGGGUUCCACAAGACAACGGUUUCCCGCGGAAACGGCAGCGUUUUGAUACGACUAAGAAGUUUUCCUCUGGUUCUCGCUCUCUCGCUCGGGCUCUGCAUCUCCAUGGACUCGAAAGCUUCAACAACCCCGGCUCCAUUACUGAACCAGCAAAACCGAAUCAAUCCACCGUCGAAGCCGAAGCAGAAGGACUUCCUGAACCACCUCGAAGCCUACCUCGCGAAGCGAGAUGGCGUCGACAAGCUCCUUAAGAUAUCCCGGUACGCCACCAAGAUCGUCCUCGCCUCCUCCGCCCUCCCCGAAACCCUCCCCCUAACGCAGCGGCUCAAGAGCUUCGAGUCGAGCGUCGGCGUCAGCCGCAAGGCCUUCCGGUUAGGUAAGUUCGUCCAGGACGUCAACGCUCUGAGGAGCUCGAAAUUCGAUUCGAAUCAGGAGCUCGUACUCGCACUAAUCGCCUACGUCGGCGAGGGAUUGUACUUUUUCGUUGAGCAGUUCGUCUGGCUAGUCAAGACGGGGUUGAUCGAUAAGAAGCACUCGCGGAAUUUGCAGAAGAUCAGCGCCUGGGCCGAGUUCAUCGGAUACGCGGGCAGCAUCUCGUUGAAAUUUAGGGAUUUGAGUCGGAUUUCGGAGGACGAAAAGUGUGUAAAAUCGAGCAUUGAGAUCGCGAUUAUGAGGGGGAACGGGUGCGAGGAAGAGAAGGAGAAGUUGAGUAAAUUGCGUGAGAAGAAAAUGAUGAAGAGGUUGUCAGUGGUUCAAGAUUCGGCGGACGCGUUAAUGGCUUUGGCGGAUAUCCGGGAGGGCGGCGGACCGUUCUUGGGGCCUCUUUCGAUAUCGCUGGCCGGGAUGUUAUCGGCUCUGAUUAGCACUCACAAGAAUUGGGUGUCUUGCUGAGAUUCAUGGCCUUUUUACAAGUUCUUUCAAGAAUACGGAAAAUUGGUUUUACUGAUGAGUUCAACCAUCUCUCUAGGCCGAUCCAUCCAUGGUUCGAGUUGUCACUCCCGCAGUCAUUUCUAUCUGCAACUUUGCGGUUUCUCGUUGUAUGCCAGUCGUGUGAUGACAGAAACUGGAUAGACGUUUAAGCUGUGAGCUUAUUCGCAGACGUUUAUGUUGAAUAUGUUAGGGUUCUCCAUUUCCAUUAACGUUUCAACUUUAGUGGCAUUUUUCUGCGCCAAACCUAUGUAGAGUUUAUAUGGUUUGUUCUGGAAAGCUGCGUUUGGUUGGUGAAAAAAGUGUUCGGGAAUGGUAAACUUUUUUGUUUGGCGAACCGAACUCCGUUCUGGUUACGUUUUUUGCCUUGCUAGUAUUUAGAGCUGGAUUGCUUCA